AUGGCAGAGGUCGCUUUACCUCCAGAAUACCAUUGGACAUUGUUGACACCUACCCAGAGCAUCUUCGAGGCAGGCAUAGAAGACCUUCAGCAUGCGUUGUCACGAGGUGCCAUCACGAGUGUGGAGCUGGUCGCAAAGCACCUUCUCAGAGUCUUCACGUACGACAGCAGAGGACCGUGUUUGAACAGCAUCCCAAUCAUCAACCCAGAUGUCUUCGAGGAAGCGGCAGCCAGCGAUGCACGUCGGCGAGAUGGGAAAGCGCUUGGUAUGCUUGAUGGCAUCCCGUAUACGAUCAAAGACAGCAUGAUGUACAAAGGCAUGACCUGCGCCACUGGCUCCCCGGCCUUCAAGAAUCUCGUAGCCAAUAAGGACUCAUUCGUCGCUGAAAGACUACGAGCCGCUGGCGCAGUAUGUAUCGGCCGAACCAAUACACCGCCAAUGAUGGCCAGCGGCAUGCAUCGGGGCGAAUACGGUCGUGCCGAGUCGCCUUAUAAUCUCGAGUACUUGACUGCAGCAUUUAGCAGCGGAUCGUCGAAUGGCUCUGGGACUUCUACAGCUGCGAGCUUCGCUGCAUUCGGGCUUGGGUCGGAGACUGUCAGCUCAGGGCGGUCGCCGGCCUCGAAUAAUGGACUGGUUGCUUAUACGCCGUCGAGAACCGUGAUCUCACCUCGCGGGGUAUGGCCGCUCUAUCCUACUUGCGAUGUCCAUGUUCCCCAGACUCGCACCGUCAAGGACAUGAUGGCAAUUUUGGACACUCUUGCAGUCGAGGAAAGUACCACAGAAGGCGACUUUUGGCGACAACAAGACUACGUCGAGGUGCCGAAAGUGCCGCGACCUGCCUCAUUCUUGGAGCUCAUCCCCAAGGCAAAGGACUGCUUCAAAGGCAAGCGUAUUGCAGUGCCUGAAAUGUAUAUCGGAGGCAACGAUCCGAAGGCAAAGCCAACUGCCGUCUCUCAAAAUGUCAUCGAUCUAUUCCGACAAGCACGAAAGGAUGUGGAAGCCCUGGGUGCGACAGUGAUCGAGACUGACUUCCCGUUGGUCACAAACUACGAAGACGACUCUGUGACGGGACAGGCCAACAACGUCGUCGGGUUCAAGCCCGACUGGAACGGCAAAGAACGUGGUGAGCUGGUGGCUUUCUUGUGGGAUGACUUCCUCAAGAGCAGCGGCGAUCCCAAAUUUGCCGGCGGCCUCGCAGCUGUCGACGGCACGCAAAUGUUCCCACGACCUGAAGGCUACAUACCCGAUCGAUACAUGGAGGUCAAGAACUUCAUCAACUACCCCGGCAUCGUUGAGCUCUGCAAACACCGGAACGGCAAGUCGAUAUGGGAGAUCGACGGUAUCGCAGAAGCUCUCCCUGCACUUGAAGCACAGCGGAAGCGAGACUUUGAGGGCUGGAUGGACAGGAACGGGAUCGACGGUGUCGUGUUCCCAGCUAACGGCGAUGUCGGCAAAGCUGAUCUUGAGUACAACGACCAGAGCGCUAAACAGGCUCUGCAGAACGGCGUCAAAUACUCAAAUGGCAAUCGUGCGAUCCGACACAUGGGUGUGCCGACGGUCUCGGUUUCGAUGGGCGUCAUGGCAGAAUCGAGAAUGCCGGUCAAUCUCACGUUCGCUGGGAAGCAUGCACAAGAUUCGGAGCUGCUCAAGUACGCCUGGGCUUUUGAGAACCUCACGAGAAGGAGGAUCACGUCCCCAGUCACCCCGGAGCUCCAGUCUGACCGCCUCACUGGCAAAAGAGGAGAUGCUAUCGCAAGUUCCAAAGGGGAUAGCGAGCUGCACUUCGGCGAAACGUCUGUUCGGUCAAACGGCAACGCCUCGAUUGAGCUUACAGUCCGUUUAAGUGGAUCAGUCAGCUCAGACGUCGGGCUGGAGGCUUUCGUUGACGGCAAAGCUGUGCCAACGGACAACAUCAACGCAUCGAUCGGUGUAUGGACGAUCAGCACCGAUGUCUCUCCAUUUGAUCCGGCAAAGCCGUUGUAUGGCGGUGUUGGACUGGUGGUGGGAAACUUCAAUGUCAUCCUGCUUGCUCGCUCCGGCGGACGAGUGUCUGGGAAGCUGGUGAUGGUGCCGCAGUCGAUACUCACGGCGAGUGAGCGGCAUUUGAUUGUCACAUAG